ACUCAAAAUUUUAAACAGUUUCAACGCGCUGUGCUAUCAAUAAGGUUGACUUUCAAAAGCGAUAAUUCAAUCAAGUCAAAGGUGAAUCAACUGGAAUAUUGACGCUCAUGUUACUACUUAAGCAGGAUGACUGGCUACGUGGAUAAUUUCCAACGACAGAUUCAGCAGCCGACCAUCAUCGAGCAGUCAUCAUCGAGAAAAAUAGUUUCCAUUAUUAAAUAUCUCAUCUUAUUUCUGACAACCGUAUGCCUGAUCCUGGAAAUAAUCACUAUCAUUAUUGGCGCAAGCAUCGGUAAUAUUUUCGCGGAAUUUUCUAUGUUUCUUGACAGAAGCUAUCACUCGUUAACUCAAUUUAUAAUAGUGCUCGGAAUCAUCAUGUUAUUGAUAGUUUUGUAUGGAUGUGUCGGAAUUAUGUUGGAAAGCAUGACCAUUAUCAAUAUUUAUAUUAUCGUAUAUUCAGUGACAAUUGUCAUGGAGAUUAUCAUUGUUGUGACGGCUUACAGCAUGGUGGAUAACGCAGACUCUAUGCUAAAAGAACGAAUGAAGCAUGCCUUUCUAGAAUUUUACAACGAUCGUGGAGCUCAGCGGUCUAUUAACCACACACAGCAAAGGCUGCAAUGCUGCGGGUUUGAUAGUUACUCAGACUGGUACAGCUGGCCGCAUCAUGAAGACUUCGAGAGUUCCAUUCCAGUUUCCUGUUUCCCAUCUCCGCAUUAUGAAAUACCAUUCCAGAUCGGUUGCUUCGGACGUCUUAGUGAAUUGAUUACGCAUUCCCUCAACAUAAUUGGUUCGGGAACAUUAAUCAGCAUAAUAUUCCAAGUGAUUUGUUUAAUCAGUGCCAUCGUUUUUCUCCUGCAACUAAAAAACUACAGAAAAGAAACCGUAUCACAAAGUACUAACAAUGGUAACAGUACUAACAGUGCUGCUGUGUCCUCGAUUUUCGGUCUAGAGACGAUUCCAGAAGAGAAAACUCCAAUUUAAAGGCAGAUAAUAGAAAUAAUACGACGCGUAGGUUUAAGAUAACCCAUAUAUACGUUCAUAUGAAUCAUUCGAAUAAAUACAGUUUAUAGAUAUGAUAGUGUUAUCAGCGAAAUAUCACUGCUCUCACUUA